AUGCGUGAAAUUGUUCAUCUUCAAACCGGCCAAUGCGGUAACCAAGUUGGUGCUGCCUUUUGGCAAACCAUCUCCGGCGAACACGGUCUCGAUGAGUCCGGCAUGUGCAAUGCCUCAUCCGACCAGCAGCUGGAGCGGAUGAAUGUCUAUUUCAACGAGGUCGGCAACUCGAAAUACGUCCCUCGAGCGGUCCUCGUCGACUUGGAACCGGGAACAAUGGAUGCCAUUCGCUCCGGCCCCCACGGAGCCCUUUUCCGACCUGAUAACUUUGUGUUUGGGCAGUCCAGCGCGGGCAACAACUGGGCAAAGGGUCAUUACACGGAAGGCGCGGAGCUGGUGGAUCAAGUCAUUGAUGUUGUUCGCCGUGAGGCGGAGAGCUGUGACUAUCUGCAAGGAUUCCAGAUCACCCAUUCUCUGGGCGGCGGAACGGGAGCUGGCAUGGGCACGCUUCUCAUCUCCAAGAUCCGGGAGGAAUUCCCUGAUCGGAUGAUGGCAACAUUCUCGGUCCUGCCAUCCCCCAAGGUCUCUGAUACCGUGGUGGAGCCGUACAAUGCGACGCUGUCAAUCCACCAGUUGGUCGAGCACGCAGAUGAGACGUUUUGCAUCGACAAUGAGGCGCUCUAUGAUAUCUGUACACGGACGCUGAAGCUGUCUUCCCCGUCGUAUGGCGAUCUCAACCAUCUCGUUUCCACGGUCAUGUCCGGCAUCACUGCCAGCUUUCGGUUCCCAGGACAGCUGAAUUCCGACCUUCGGAAGCUGGCGGUUAAUAUGGUUCCCUUUCCCCGGCUGCAUUUCUUCAUGGUGGGCUUUGCUCCAUUGACCAGUCGAGGAGCCCAGUCCUUCCGCGCAAUGAGUGUUCCAGAACUCACGCAGCAGAUGUUUGAUUCCAAGAAUAUGAUGACGGCUUGCAACUUUCAAAACGGCCGCUUUCUGACCUGCUCAGCCCUUUUCCGCGGCAAGAUCUCCAUGAAAGAAGUCGAUGAUCAAAUGCUCAGUAUCCAUACUAAGAACUCCGGUUACUUUGUGGAAUGGAUCCCAAAUAAUGUUCAAACAGCUCUCUGCUCUGUGCCUCCAAAGGGCCUGAAAAUGUCGGCCACUUUUGUGGGCAAUUCCACGUCUGUCCAGGAGCUCUUCCAGCGCGUGGCGACCCAGUUCACGGCCAUGUUCCGCCGCAAAGCCUUCUUGCACUGGUAUACCGGCGAGGGAAUGGAUGAGAUGGAAUUCACCGAGGCGGAAAGUAACAUGAAUGAUUUGAUGUCCGAAUAUCAACAAUACCAGGAGGCCAGUAUCUCCGACGGAGAGGAGCAACAGUAUGCCGAGGAGGAGGCAUAUGAGGCCGAGGAAUAA